AUGUUACGUCCAUAUCAGGCUGUUCCACGGAGUCUCCGAUUAAUCCUACGCCCCUGGGUUCUUACAUCACACGCCGCUUCUCUGAGUUCCGCCCUCCGGCUGAACGGGGCAAGGCCAUCUUCCUCUGGGACUCAAUGGAAACAGCGUCAAGGUCGCGAUGCAUAUGUCCGCCAUGCUAAAGUUCAGGGACUCAAAAGUAGAGCAGCUUUCAAGCUGUUGGAGAUCGACUCCAAGUACAAGCUCUUCAAGAAAGAUCAAACUGUAGUUGAUCUAGGAUAUGCGCCCGGCAGUUGGUCACAAGUUGCCGUUGAUCGCACUCGACCUCAUGGCCGUGUUAUCGGUAUCGAUCUUAUACCAGCUCAACCCCCUCAAGGUGUUGCGGCAUUCCAGGGAGACUUCUUGUCCCCGAUAGUUCAAAAACUCGUCAAGGAGUUCAUUGCCCAAAGCCACAGCGACAGACCUCCUAAAGCCGGGAGAGACGAUGUUGAUGAAGAUGGCGAUACGCUGCCAGAAAAUACCAUCAUCGACCAGCCGAGCUACAUUGAUCGAGAGAGACACUCAGCAGAGACCACAGGCUCUCCGUCUAGUAGCACAUCAGCAGAGUCGACUUCGAGAAAUCUUGUGGAUGUCGUGUUAAGUGAUAUGCUGAUGAACACGAGCGGCAUUGCGUCUCGAGAUCAUGCGGGCAGCAUGAAUCUUUGCGAGGCUGCACUUCAUUUUGCCAGCGACACACUCAAACCCGGCGGCCAUCUUGUCUGCAAAUUCUACACAGGAGCGAUGGAUAAGUCGUUGGAACAGCAGCUCAAAGUGCUCUUCUCAGAAGUGUAUAGAGAGAAACCAGAAUCAUCUAGAGCAGAAAGCAAGGAGGCGUAUUUCGUUGCACUUUAUAGAAAGGGCAAGGCUACUAUUGAUCACUAG